AAGUGUCUCAAGAUUCUUGAAAACCUCUUUUUUUUUUUGGAUUUUGUGUGUUCUUGAAAUUUAGGUUAGCUUCAGCUUUUUGAAUCUAAAGAUUUUGAUUUCUUGAAAAUAAUUGUGGAAAUAUCAAGAUUUUGAAGAAGAAGCUUUGAUAGUAAGAGAAAAUGUCGUUUCGUAGCAUUGUUCGUGAUGUUAGAGAUAGUUUAGGAAGCUUUUCAAGAGUGUCUAAUGGGACUCAUGAGAGAAGUAAAUCUUAUGGUGCAUUGGUUGAGACACUUGGUGAAGAUCUUGCUGUAAUCAAGAACACUCGUUGGGCUAAUUUGCCAGCUCCUCUACUACGAGAUGUGAUGAGAAGGUUGGAUGAAAGCGAGAGCAAGUGGCCUGCUCGUAAACAAGUUGUUGCUUGUGCUGGUGUUUGCAAGACAUGGAGAUUAAUGUGCAAAGAUAUUGUCAAAAGUCCUGAGUUCUCCCGCAAACUCACGUUUCCGGUUUCUUUGAAACAGCCCGGGACUAGGGAUGGAACCAUACAUUGUUUUAUCAAAAGGGAUAAGUCUAAUAUGACUUACCAUCUUUAUCUUUCUCUGAGCCCUGCCUUACUUGGUGAAACUGGAAAGUUUCUUCUCUCGGCAAAGCGCACACGGAGGACUUCAUACACCGAGUAUGUGAUAUCAAUGGAUGCAAACAACAUUUCAAGAUCAAGUAGCACUUACAUUGGCAAAAUGAGGUCUAACUUCUUAGGGACAAAAUUCAUAAUAUAUGAUACAGCUCUUGCCUACAACAGUCCAAGAACAUCAUCUCCCAAAGUCUCUCCUAAAGUCCCCUCUGGAAGUUACAACAUCGGUCAAGUUACAUAUGAGUUGAACGUGUUUGGAACCCGUGGACCUCGCAAGAUGCACUGCAUUAUGCACUCUAUCCCUACCCUACCUCUAGAACCCGGCAGCACUGUCCCUGACAAACCCGAGAAUCUGCAACGUUCCCUUGAUGAAUCUUUCCACAGCUUCGCUUCCUCAAAGAUAAUCAACCACUCGGGAGAUAUCAGCAGCGCGCGGUUCUCAGACAUUGUUGGACUGCAAGAGAAAAAAGGAAAGGAAGGGCCUUUGGUGCUGACAAACAAAACGCCAAGGUGGCACCAGAAGUUGCAAUGCUGGUGCCUUUACUUCAAAGACAGAGUGACCAUUAAGUCGGUAAAGAACUUUCAACUGAUAUCCGCUGCAACGGUUCAGCCAUCACCACCAUCACAGAAGCUAGAGCCAUCAGACAAUGAUAAGAUCAUACUACAGUUUGGGAAAGUGGGUAAGGACAUGUUCACUAUGGACUAUAGCUACCCUCUCUCUGCCUUUCAAGCCUUUACUAUUUGCUUGAGCAGCUUCGACACUAAAUUGGCUUGUGAAUAAAUAAUUAGAAACACACCUAUGGAUAUAUAUACCAUAUCGUAUUAUGCUAAGGCUUGUUUGGUUUGUGCAAUUGUGCUAGUGAAUUUAAACGUUAUGAUUGUUUAUGAAUUGUAAUCUUCGAACAAAAGACUGAAGCUGGCUACAUAGCAGCAUUAAUUA